AUGUCCAAGACUGUCACGCUCUUGUUUGCCCAUGGAGGAGGUUUCUGCAAGGAAACAUGGGAGCCUAUAAUACGCCGUUUGAAAGGGUCCUCGGUACUGCAGGCAGUGGACACGCAGUUUGUGUGCUUUGAUUUCAAGUAUCACGGAAGCAAUCGGGACGAGUCAGUGGCUGCUACAAUUGAUUUAGAACACCCUGCUGGACCGAGAGUACACCAUCCAGCUGUCGACUUGACUGCGUGGACGUCGGCGCAGGUCUUGCAACAAGCUCGCGAACUACAAAGCGCCAGCGUCGACACCCCGUUGAUUGGAAUCGGCCAUUCUAUGGGAGCUUCGGCCCUGUGGAACGUCGAAACACAGUACCCUGGUACUUUCGCCGGUCUCAUCUUGUUUGAACCAGUAUAUGGCAAUCCGAAUUCGGGUUUCAUGACCAAUUCCGACGCCAUCAAAGGCUUUCUCGUGUCCAUUACGUUGCAACGCGAGUCUUCGUGGCCAUCAAGAGCAGCGGCAGAAGAGCAUUUGCGCAAUUACAAGAACUUUGCAGCUUGGGAUCGCGAGUCGUUGGAAGCUUAUAUAAAGGGUGCCCUUGUGGAAAACAAGGUCACGAACAAGACGGUGCUAGCGUGUAGCCCUCCAGUUGAGGCCUCUCUCUACUGUCACAAGCUAAUGCACCUGAACGAUCACGAUCUGAUGCAACCCAAGUGCAAGAUUUUUUUCCAUCAUGGCACUCGCACCAAGAUCUUCUUCCCCUCGAUUUUCAAAGAGAUUAGCGACAAAUGGCCACACAUUUACACGAUGGAAAAUCCUAUUGCAAACUCGUCGCAUGUAAUGGUUUUGGAAAAGCCUGCUGAAUCGGCACAGAAGAUCCUCAACAAUUUGCAACAACUCGAGCCAUUUCAUCAAGAGACCGUAUCAGACGAAGAAAGUCAUGCUCGACUCUAG